AAGGUGAAUUAUUUAUUUUUCACCUAGUACACCUCACUUAAUCAGCUGUUUACUUUCAACACAUCACCAAACGACGUCUCGAUACAUAAAAUUGUAUACUGUUAAAUAGCCCCUCUGCAAGGUUGUCGUUUGUGUUUGACGUCACGAAAUUAAAAUGCGACAAUAUUAUGCUGCGUUGAGACAGCUAAUGCGCUACAGGGAGACCUCGAUGAUAUCUUCAAGAUUUAGGUCGCAGUUGUUGUUCCUGUCGUCAUUCUCCGACUACACGCCCGCACAUAGAAACUACUCAAAGUUUAGCACGCACCUGUCAACGGAGCGGGCUAUGGAGUUGCUGUGUAACUUGGACGAAGAAGAACGCAGCAAUCUCCGUUGUGCACUGGGAAAGAUGGAAGCCGAUAAGGAGAAGAAACUAUACGAGAUCGAAUCUGCAGCAGCUCCCACAGCUAGCCAGUUAUACAGUAUAUUUUUUGUGAAUGCUGUUCCCUUUAUCGCUUUCGGGUUUCUUGAUAACUUUAUCAUGAUAAUGGCGGGCGAAUACAUUGAAUACUAUUUGGGUCACUUUAUAACGCUGUCAACAAUGGCGGCAGCUGGCCUUGGUAACACCAUAAGCGAUAUUCUAGGCAUCACUAUGGCCACCUAUGUUGAAAACGGCUGCCAGAUAUUGGGCCUGAAGCAGCCCAAGUUGACACCAGCCCAAUUCGAGCUGAAGUCCAGCAAGCGAUCAUCCAGUAUUGGUCGUAUUGUUGGCAUUAGUGGAUGUCUGCUUGGAAUGUGUCCCUUAUGGUUCAUGGAAGAAAAACCGUCAGAGAAGCUAGAUGCUGCGACUGACUAAACUAAAGAAAGCUAGAGGUUUGGGCUAUUUUGGCCAAUUAGAUGCGGCAUUAUUUUAAGUUAUCAUAAAUCGACGACGAUGGUUUUAUUUUAAAAUACUUUAUAUUGCCUAACAUGCAAUUUAAAUAAUUUAUUCUUAUUGGUUUUUCGUCAAUUUGAAUGAAAAGUUCUACGAUCUGGUCAUGUAUUACGUAAACACGUAUUUGGGAAAAAAAAAUUUUUUUGGUUAGAUUUUAACUCUUUAAAUUUGUGAGUCGCCUAAUGGGCCAAGCUAAAUUAUAAAGAACUAUAAUCAAAGUCUUAGAAAAUCAAUUCACUUAAAUUUAAUUUAUAUGUAUAAUAGUUUACCAAAUAUGUAUUUAUAUUGAGAUAAAAACAAUCAAUAAGUUAAGGACUGUCCUCUUACCAAGCUACACUGAAAAGUGCCUAUUAAACGUGCUUAAAAACUUGUGCCCUCUA